ACUCUUCUCUUUUCUCUUUUCUCUUCUCUCCCCCCUUUAUUGCUCUUUCUUUUUUAACGAUUAAAGUUUUGUAUUUUUGUAUUGUAUUUUGUAAAUUUUUUUAUUAACUCAAGCAGCAUAUAUUUUCCUCUUCUUUUUUUAUAUAGAACAACUCCCAGUAUUAAAAUAAAAAUGGAUACUGGUUUUCAUACCGGACGCAUCAAUGUUCUUUCCUUACUAAAUCCCGAGCCCGAAACACAAUCAAGACACCGCAAUACAUGCUACAUAAACGACUACAGCCCGUUUAUCCAGGGCAACAAGCACAGGAAGGUGAUAGUGAAUAAAAUGAUGAUUUUGAAAUGGCGCUCUGGCGACAAGAAUCCGGACUAGGACCACCAUCAGCAUCAGCAUCAGCAGCUAAGGCACCAGCCUCUGUUUCCAAGCAGCAUUCUGUUCUGGGAUAUCCCCCAACAACAGCAUUGAUGUUGCAGGCGCAGAGGGAAGCUGGCAGUGAGAGGGAAGACAGGGAUAUUCAGCCGCAUAUUUACGUGCCCAGGCAGCCUCUGUUUGCGCACGGCGCUAUGAUGAUGGAUACGUCGGGCGAGUAUAUCUGCGAAGCCACAUUGCGGGAUAUUACAGGUGCCGGCGGCAGGAGUAACGGUGCUGGUGGCAGCAGCGAUGGGAGUGGAAGCGGGAGAGACAAUAUCGUGGUUGUGUGCGCGUCGAUCGGACCCCCACAGCUCAUGAGAUGCGGCAGCGGGCCGUUGUGCGACGACGACGAGAUGCUGUUUGGGUCAACAAAGUCCAAAGGCGGCUGUAAGCGAUUGAGGGAAGAUGGAGGGGGACACGUGGGUGAGAGUCAUCAUUUUUCGGAUGAUGAUGAUGACGAAUUGUCGUGUGCUGGCUCAAUGACGACCAAUCAGGAGAACGGACCGGCAUCAGCCAAUACUAACCAAACUAGAAGAAGCAGCAGCGGCAGUGAUGUUUUGUCGCCACUGUUUCCAUUGGUGCGCUCCGCAUCGCUGCCUACAAAAAGAGCGCUGAGAAGCUCGCCGCAGCAGCAGCAGAAGCGCAAGCUGCGACGGACAAAGACAGACACAGACCCAGCCACAGUCAUCAUUGAGUCUAAAACACCUCCGCCAACACUCAGCGCGGCCAGCACAAGCAGCACACUAGUGGACGAGAUGGAGACGCAGCCCGAGGUCAAUUGGCUUGCACUAGAGGUACCCUGCGACGUCUGGCUCCUUGCGCAAGAGCUCUAUGACCAAGUCAAACCACGGGUACCCCGGACAUUCGCGGAAAUCUGCGUGGCGGCGAAAGUGAGCAAGCGCGAGAUUGGCAUGUACUAUAAGCUGAUGAGCCAGGUGCUCCCGCCACAGUACACUGUGAAUGAGCGGGCCAAGCCGGCGGCGUUUGUCGAGCGGUGGUGUUCGGUUUUGGGACUGCCUGGGUGGAUUCCAGAGGUGGCGUCGAGGGUUUACGAGAGGGCGGAUGAAAUGGGGAUUGUGCAGGGGAAGAGCCCGGUGAGUGUCAGCGCGGCGUCUAUUUGGCUCGUUGUUUGGUGCUUCAAUUAUAGAAGUGCACUGGGGAGAGCCGGAUUUGCUUUACCCGGGAUACGCCGGUUUCAGGUUUGCAAAACUGCGAGUGUGGUUAUUGCUACGUUGACGAGCGUGUUCAAGCUGCUGUUGCCGCAUCUGGGGACGCUGGUGGACGGGUAUUUCUAGCAGUGUACAUGUUUUUUUGGAUAUACUGAAGAAAUGAAUGAAACUACAAAUAUCUAAUAAUAAA